CUCCCUCUCUCCCUCUUUCUUCCCCAAACAAAGACAGAUCUCGUAGCCCUAAAGAGCACCGACCUUUGGGAAUUCGAUCUCGGGACGCGUCAUUCAGUCUUCGAUCGAUCCGGGACGGAUUGCGACCUUCUUGAUCGGUUCUAGGGUUGGGUUUCAUCACAAUCUUGAUUUAAGUGAGGGAAUCUCUGCACACUUCGGGGAUUAUUGAUCCCUAGAUUCGUGUUCUUUCAAAGAUAGUGAAUUCGGUGCUGGAGUGAGAGAAUCGAGUGUUUCUUGCUGUGAAGCUAAACAAUGGAUGCAAAGAAGAAGAAGAACAAGAAAAAGAAAGGCAACCAGAAUAAAGUUGCAGAAGAUGCCACAUCCAAUUCUGAAAAAGUGGCUGUGCAGGAGUCAAACAAUGGUUCUGGUCUGGAGGAAAAUUGCAAUGCACAUAAUUCCACUGAUGUCCAUGGUCAGAAUGUUGGAGUGUCUGAAUCAGAUAUGGAGCAUGACAAGAACAAGAUAUAUGAAGAGAACUUUGCCAAAUUACAGGAACAAGUCAGAGAGUUGGAGUAUGAGAAAGCUUUGUGGUUCCAGAAACAGGCCAACUUGGAGGAGAAAAUUAAAGUUUUACAGGAAGAAGUAGACUUAUGUGCGCAAAAAGAGGCUUUUGUAGAGGAGAAACUCAAGAAUGUCGAGAGUAUCAAAGACAGCUUGGUUCUAACAGAGAUCUCAUUGAAGGAAAGGAUUGCUAGGGUAGAGGAAGCUAGCACUGCACUUGAUACACAGGUAAAAGAGUUGCAAGGAUUGAGAAACACUUUUUUCGAAGAAAAUCAACAGUUGAUGGAAAAGGUGACGGGCUUGGAGCAAAAGAUUCAAAGCAUUGAGGAGAGAGCUCCUUCACAUGAAAACAUGACUGAGACGAUGACAAAGCUUCCUGAAGAUGAUUUCUCUGCACAACAAACAGAAGCAUCCAGUGCCCUGUUUGGUGAUCAAACAUCUGGAAGUACAGAGCUUUCUGAGAAGGUGAAUGAACCAUACAUUGUACCUGAAAAACAUGGUGGUCAUCCUUCUGGUACUGACCUUAAUGGGGUCGAGAUGCUGGAUAGAGCUUCCUCUCCAAGUCAUUAUGUAUCAGACUUCAGGGAAAAGAUAAAGGAUUCAGGUGAAACUGUUCAUCCCUCCGUCCAACUGCAGGAGAACUUUGGUGCUAAUAAUGGCAUCAAUGACUUGGAUUCUGAAACUGUUAACCGGCCAGGACCACCACCAUCAGAUGAGCCAAGAGGAAGUGAACCUGCAACAGUUCCAUUUGAUGAAAUCCAAAUUCACAAGGAAGACUUCACUGGAGUUAAGAAUAAUGAAAUAGCAGAGGCAGUUCCUCUCUCAGACGCCCCACUUAUUGGAGCCCCUUUCCGGUUGAUUUCUUUCAUGGCCAAAUAUGUUAGUGGCGCUGAUCUGGUGAAACAGAACAGCUCUAGAUCUGGCCACUAAUUUGUUUGAGAUUGAUUUUGUGCAAGAGGGAAUCUUCAUAUGUUAUAAGUCACAUAAUUAAUUUUUUUCACUUGUUUUGUCAUUUUCAUUUCACACACUAGUUUUUCAGAAUGAGAAAGAUAUCCAGCACUUGAACCUGUAAAACAUUUGAGGAUAAAAGAGCUACUUAAAAAACUUUUUGCCAA